UUUUUGCGGUGUCCAUUGGCUCGGCUGCGGCAGGUCCCUCCCUCCGGAAGUGCAGACAUUUCCACUUGGGCUUGGUGGUCGCGCAGUUCAGGAGUUCACACCUGGGACAAUGGUGUGCAUUCCUUGUAUCGUCAUUCCAGUUCUGCUCUGGGUCUACAAAAAGUUCCUGGAGCCAUACAUAUACCCUCUGAUUUCCCCCUUUGUUAGUCGUAUGUGGCCUAGUAAAGCUAUGCAAGAAUCCACUGAUAAAGGCAAAGUAGACUAUAAGGGUGCAGACAUAAAUGGACUACCAACGAAAGGACCAACAGAAAUCUCUGAUAAAAAGAAAGACUAAAGUGAUUGUCCUAGAGGACCUCAUUGUUCUCAAAAUGGACCUAAUAAUCUGAAGCACCUUCUUUGUAAUUGUCUCUGACCUUUUUCUCUUAGACCAGAAUCGGGAUCGACAGUUUUGAUAUUUACCUGGUACUAAUCAGGAAAUAUAUGGUAUUUAUAUUUAAAAUGUAUUUAGUUAUAUUUAAUGAUCUUAUUCCCAAGCUUUUUUUUCAUUAAAUAGCUUUAAUAAUAUGAAUAAAUAGAAGGUUUGCGCCAAUAGACACUGUUACUAAAUCAGGUUACUAAAUCAUUACCUAAACAACUUGGGCUUCUAGCUUUUGUUCAGGCUCUUCAAAUUUGAGUAGAGUAUAUUUUUACUGUGAAACAGUGCAAUGAGACUGUGGUGAGAUGAAAGGGAGUUUUUGGAGAUGAUAGUGACUUGAAACAAAAAGUUAUAAUUACUGCCCAACACAAUGAAGCCCUUUAUCUAUAAGAGUAGUAGUUACUGGUUAUUAUUCUGAGGAAAAUAACAAACACAGGAAAUUUCUUUGAAAUAAAUGGAACAUCUUUUACAUAAAUGUCAUGUAUAUUAUAAAAUUCUAAUCUUUGUUGCAUUCCUUCUAUUCCUACAAAAUGUAUUAAAUAU